AUGAUGCCAUCGAGUUUGGGUGGCGGUAAUGGAAGCGCAAAACAUCACCAUCAGCUCAUGCAAUCUGCAUCUAUGCUACCUUCACCUUACAAUUUUUUGCCAUCAGUUUUUGCCAAUGCGCAAUUGGACAUGCCAUUAUUCCGACCUCCCGAAUCGAAUUUGGGAGCAAUGUAUCUAAGCCAGUUAGCGGCAGCAGCAGUUUUAAAUCAGGGUCAGAAUGGUAGCAAUGGUAGCACCACAAAUGAACCACAAGAGGAAGCCACUGUUGAGAAUAAUAAAGCAGAAACGGCAACAUCGAUUUCAUCCGAAGUAGCCACUUCGUCGUGUGGCGCUGAGUCGCCAUUAUCACCCAGGCCAUUUGGUGUUGCGGAACGAGAAAUGGAUUCAUCAAACGAGCAGAAUUCUGUAGAUAACGCUGCGCUAAGCUCAACGAAAGUGAAUACUGAAGAUAUGACUCUGGCGGAAAAUGAGAACUUGCAGCCUUCAUCAGCAUCGGAGUUACAGCAACUUGAUCUUUCAAAAUGGAUCUCUGAUUUUUUCCCAGGAUUGCCAAAUAAUGUCUCUGCCCUAAACAUGGCUGCUCUAACACAACGAAUGCCACCGAUGCUUGAGCAGAUGCAAUUGAUGAAUCAGUAUUUCUCGCCUGGAACAGUUGAAGAUUCUCUUCGAGUUCUAGCAGCGCUUGGCAGUAACAAUGGUUCUGCGGGUACGGUUCCAUCAGCAAAUUGCAGCCCAGGCUCAAUCCUCAAUUCACCAUUUGCUAAUAGUGCUGGUCAUUCGAAGGAUACCUAUUGCGAGAUAUGUGACAAGAAUUUUUGCAAUCGCUACUUUCUUCGAACACAUAAGUGGAAAAAACAUGGCAUUCCAUUUCCGGGCAAAAAUUCGCCAUCUGAAGGCAAUGUAACAUCACUAGCGUCACCAACGGCUUCACAAAAUCUUUCUUUGGAUUUACCAACUACCUCGACGGGGAUAAAUCUUAGUCCAGCUGAGUUUAUUGCCGCACUUUGCAAUCAGAAUGUAUUGGAAGCUUCACAGAUAUCUCCUUCAAAAAUCACUUCAUCUCAACCGACCUCUGUUAUUGUCAAUUGUUUGUCUAGCGCAGAUUCAUCACCAGCAAAACGAGCGAGAACGACUGAUGAAGGAAGUAAAGACGAUGAUGAAUUAAUCGGUGCAGCCAGGCCGGAGAGUGUUAGGAUUGAUGAAGAAACACUUGCAAAUGUUGCAAGUCAAUUGCCAAACACGGGUGAUUUAUUUGCUAUGAUCGCUCGUCAGGCUCAGGAAAAUGCAAUUGCGCAAGAAUUGCUAUCAUCAUUUAAAGCUGAGGGUAUACAAGUGCAACAACAAUCAUCACCAUCAAAACAUUCAUCAGCCAGUAAAGAAGCAUGCGAGAUGUGUGGACAGGAGUGCGAGAGUCGAGCGACUCUUCAACAUCAUCUGUUAUUGCAACAUAAUAUCUUAAGUAGUUUUCUUAGUUCAUUUAAUUUACUAUCUCCAUUGAGUCAGCUGCAGCAACAACAGCAAUCACAGAAACAGCAGAGUAGUCAGGGUAAUGAUGGAGAUCGACCUCGUAAUUCAACGGUUGCGCCAGGAAUGGUUACGUCUCCCAUCAGUGUUUCUCGACAACCGAAAAAACAGUAUACAACAACUGGCAAAAAUUACUGCGAUGUUUGCAACAAGGAAGUAUGUAACAAAUAUUUCCUUCGAACACAUAUGCUCAAAAUGCACGGCAUUGUCAUUGAUGAGCAUAAAACAAUCAUUGCAAAUAUCGAUACUUUAGAGAAGGAGAAGUCUGGCACGAUUGCUUUCCGCUGUGAUAUUUGUAACACAAAUGUAGGACAGACUCGUGAAUCUUUGAAGCAACACAAGCAGGAAGUUCAUAAUGUUGUGUCACUGCCUACAUCACGUGGUCAUCGCGGAUCUCUCAGUUCUACCUCAAGUAUCACCAGUACAUCGACUCUCGGUCAAGCACUCAAAAUUACAGAUCAAACUGGAAAUAAUACUGAGUAA